UGAAUGUCAGUUGGAGAAUUGUUUUAUGUUCGAGCACACUUCCCUGAGCGGAGCUGAGGGUACACUUGCACACUUUUUACAAUGGCAGAGUCGCAGGAUGUGGAGCACAAUGUAAUGGACGAGGAGUUCGACGAGUUCUGGGACAAAGUCAGCUGCUACGUGGUGGCAAACUUUCCCUAUGACGAGAGAUGCGACUUUGUGUUGAAUGCCACGGAUUGCAUUACCGAAACCAUAUUCGUGCCCUACAUGCGGAUGCUGGCGUGCGACCUCAAGUGCAGGAACCAGUUCCAGGAGAUAGUCUACCUCACGAUGUUCGUGGCAUUCUGCCUGCAGCUGCUGAUGUGCCUGACCCACGUGGUGGACAUGUACUACAGUCCAGCCCUGAAGGUCGUCUCCCAGAUGCUGCAUAUGAACGAGCAUUUGGCGGGCGUAACCCUACUGGCGUUUGGCAACACCUCUCCGGAUCUGGCAGCCAAUCUGGCGGCCAUCAGGGAGGAGGUGCCAGUGUUUGCCAACUCUCUGGCAAUGGCUCUGUUUGUCUCGAUGUUCACCGGGGGCAUGAUCUGCUAUAUAAGUCCCUUCAAGAUGAAUACGCACGGCACUGUACGCGACAUACUGUUCUUUAUUUUGGGAGUGACCCUGCUGGAAUAUGUAAUGGCCUCCCACGGAGAAGUGGACAUGACCGAAUGCUUUGUGUUGGUUCUGGUGUACAUAUCCUACAUUGUAGUCAACAUUCUGGACGUGUACCUAAUGCGGAAAGCCAUGAUCAUACUGGAACGCCAAAUAGGCGAGCUUCGGGACCAGCAACAGACUGUGGAGGUCAGAAAGAAACUGGGAAGACUGGAAGAGCAAUACGCUGAAUAUGCCGAGGACGCGAUGGUGGAGAUAUUAGAGAGACCCGGCAGUAGGGUCUCGGUUGUCAAUCCCGUACACGAUAAAUUCACCUACACCACAAAGCGUACCUCGCGGGUGCGCCAAAGCGUGAACCCACUGGCCACCCGGAGUGUAUUUUAUAACCUUACGACUAGCAGGAACAGCGGACUCUGGAGGGAUUUCGCUACGACCCUCAAUCCCAUCGAUAUCGAUGAAUGGCGGGGGGCGAACAUGUUUGGGCGAGCCUUCCUCCUGGCCAUGGCUCCUGCGAAAGUUCUGUGUGCCGCCUACAUACCCCUCGUCGACCAUGAACUGGAGAAACACGGCUGGAGCAAGCUGCUCAAUUGCAUCCACACAUUCCUGAAUCCGGCCAUUACCAUUAUCGUCUCCAUGGCGUUGCAUACGUCCCAUAAGAAGAAAUUGUGGUACUCGGAACUGGCAAACACAUACAUUUACGGGGUGUACUCCUGUGCGAUCACUGUUCCCUUCGCCAUCUUUGUCUUUAUGCAUUCUCGGACCGAUGUGCCGCCGGUCUACCACUGGGUGUACACGAUCAUGAACCUGACUGGCUCCACCUUCCUGAUCUUUGUCUGUGCAUCGGAGAUCGACAAGCUGCUGGGAGUGGUGGGCAACAUAUUGAAUAUAGAAGAGGACUUUAUGGGCGUCACAGUCAACGCCAUUACCCAGGCGUUGGGGGAUCUGGUGGCCAACACGGCCAUGGCCUAUCAGGGCUAUGAGAAGAUGGCCUAUGCGGCAGCCAUCGGAGGUCCCUUCUUCAACGUCCUCCUGGGCACGGGAACUGUUAUGUACUUCAAAUUAAAUAUUGACAUGAAGGUCACCAUAGAGGAGCAGUCCGGGGAGUAUGGCACCAAUGCGUACAUUUUUCUCAACUUAGGCCUCUUUGCCACGCUGCUUUGGACCUCAACGCUGGACUUUUUUGCGCGCCGCUCCAUGGGAAUAUUCUCAAUAAUGAUAUACCUUCUAUUCCUAUUAUUUGCAUUCCUUAUUCAUCAGAAUACCAUUCACUCGUUUGCCAGCGAUCCAACGGUUAAGCCUUCGCUUGAGUUGGACUGAUAGGAAUGGAAUAUCUAUGGAAAUCCAAUCGGAUGUACGUAUUUAAUUAUAUAAGACAUCACUCAAAGACCAAAACGAAGUGAAUAAAUUAAACGCAGCUCUGUUU